CCAUUGGUGCUUCUCCAGCGGGUUUGUCACACUGACUCAGUAGUAUCGCAGCAGUUAGCCAAACGCAGUCAGAGCGCGCGCAUACAUACAAGCACACACAUACACACACACACACACACACACACAGCAAGAGUAAGGACGUAAAAAGAGAGAGUUGUAAGAGAAGCAAAUCAAUCCUCGGCUAGCCUCUCCACUCUCAGUUUCCUGGUUGUUUUGCAUCCCUGAUAUGACCCUGUUCAGCCCAAGAUACAUGAGCAUGAGUGGAGAGUUGAAGUCCAGCCGCUCCAGGGCAGCAAGUAAGAGAGCCAGCAACAUCAUUUAUGGGGUCUAUGACUACCAGCGUGUGCCGGCAUCCCUGUCUCCUCUGCCCCUGGGACCCAGUCUGGCCAAGCGAUCCCGUUCCUCCUCCUACUCCUCCGGGCACAGACGCAGUCGAGACAGAACCCACUCCAAAAGCUCCAGAGCCCACUCCACUUCAACCACAGCCAAGUUAGGCAUGGAGGAGUUGCAGGUGAUUAAAAAGGAGCUGACUCUGAUAAAGACACAGAUCGAUGGGCUGCUUGACAGUCUUGACAGGAUGGACCCACAGAGGAAUGACCACAAAGGGUCUCCCCUGAGAGAGGACAGUCCAGCUGGCUCAUUGUACGCUCUGUCUGCCAGCAGCCCCGAGCACUCCCUUUCCUCCCUCUCUCCACCCAGCUCCCGCCAUCGAAUCCACAGGGAGAAACCUGACCUGAGGGAGCCAGAUGAUGACCACCACACGAUGAGCAACCACAGCUCUGACCCCGAGGAAGAAAUAUGAGGGAGGAACAUAAGAAGACGUAGAAGACAUGGAUUAAGUGCCAAACAUGGAGGAAGAGAACAACAGACGCCAAGCCAACAGUCAUAUCAAUGGCUCAACAGGGUGUAGCCUACAUAUCACAUAGCACAAUGCAUUUAAUUGUAUCACAGCAGCUUGGUUCCUGUGACUUUUAAGUAAAACUAAAACACUGACACAGAUGACUGAUAAAACCCAAGUACACAUAGACAGAGUAAUUAUAAAGGACAACUGGAAGCACAGUGGCAACCUUAACUUUUCAUCGGCCUAAGCAGGCAUUCCAAUUGAAUUGUAUGAGAUGGUUUGCACCAAUGCCAAUGUUACAGUAUUAAUCUGAAUAUUGCAGUAUUAAUCCAGAUGAGACAAUAGGGUUCUCUGAUUAAAACCAUGUAAGCAUUUACCAAUUUAUCUUGUCCACAUUAAAAGCUUUCUGAAACAGGCAGCACAUGCCAGAAUCAGACUGUACAUAAAGUAACAAUUUAUGUGUGGUCUUAUGGAAUUAGAUAAUGUACAAACAUUAUAGAACUGGGAAUAUUAUUGAAGCAUGGGCAGUUGUACACAAUGUUAACAGCUUACUUAAAUAUAAUUACUUUCAGAAUAAGGGUGAAACUGGCAUAUUGUGUGCAUGUACUUUAAUGUGGAAUGAAAAUCCCUUUCUGUGGAUCACAAAGUAUUUUGACUUGUGAAAGCAAAAUAAAUCGGUACACUCUCAUAAUUGAUCUUUCAAGAAGGCUUUUUGUUGACGCUCAACUCACCUUUUCUAUUUAUUUUAUACUUCUAUCAGAGUUUAGCUACUCAAAGUAAACCACAGUAAUCUUUGAGAGAUUGAAUAGUCACACUGAUAAUUCUGCUUGUAUGUCUUUUCUCUACUUUAAAUGUAUUAGAGGAAUGUUACUACUCUCUUCCACCAUGUAUUUGGCACUUUUAAGACAUGCAAAUGCCCAGGUCAGUGUGUAAUAUUGUGUAUUAUUGUAAACUUUACUGUAAUUGUUGAACUGUCUGAUUUUAAUCUUGCUGUAGGACUUCUCAUAUGUUUUUUUAAAAAAAGAAAACAAUUAUGUUAUUCUUAUGAUGUUACAUGUUUUUGUUUGCAUUCUUCAGAUUAGCCAAGUGGAAAUACUCAUUGUCACAGUAAUAAAAGUAUUUUCAUAUUGAGUAUA